CCGAGGCCCGCCCUCGGGGCGGUGCCGACGUUUGGUUACGCCCCUUGCGUUGUGCUUCCGCUCGGGGGAAGACCGCUUCCGGUGCUUCCGGCGCUCCUUGCCCGGCAUAAUGGCCGCGCAGCGACCCCUGCGGGUCCUGUGUCUGGCGGGCUUCCGGCAGAGCGAGCGGGGCUUCCGUGAGAAGACCGGGGCGCUGAGGAAGGCGCUGCGGGACCGCGCCGAGCUCGUGUGCCUCAGCGGCCCGCACCCGGUCCCCUACCCCCCGAGCCCCGAGGGCGCCAGAUCAGACUUCGGGUCCUGCCCUCCGGAGGAGCAGCCUCGAGGCUGGUGGUUUUCAGAGCAGGAGGCCGACGUUUUCUCCGCAUUGGAAGAGCCCGCCGUAUGCAGGGGCCUGGAGGAAUCACUGGGGAUGGUGGCACAGGCACUGAACAGGCUGGGGCCUUUUGACGGCCUUCUUGGUUUCAGCCAAGGGGCUGCGCUAGCAGCCCUUGUGUGUGCCCUGGGCCAGGCAGGCGAUCCCCGCUUCCCCUUGCCACGGUUUAUCAUCUUGGUGUCUGGUUUCCGUCCCCGGGGCAUUGGGUUCAAGGAAUCCAUCCUGCAAAAGCCCUUGUCAUUGCCUUCGCUCCAUGUUUUUGGGGACACUGACAAAGUCAUCCCCUCUCAGGAGAGUAUGCAACUGGCCAGCCGAUUUCCCGGAGCCAUCACCCUCACCCACUCUGGUGGCCACUUCAUUCCAGCAGCUGCACCCCAGCGUCAGGCCUACCUCAAGUUCUUGGACCAGUUUGCAGAGUGAAAGAUCAAGAAAUGUCUCUGCUCCUACAUCCAGCUCCUGUAGGGGUAGCCUCCAUCAUCUGUGCCCUCCCAGGACCCCCCACUCACUGCUGUGAGUGUGCCUCACCAGGACCAGUUAAGAGACAACUAUCAAUUCUUGAUACCCAAAUUAUAUAGGCCCUGCCCUGUAUUGAAGAAAAGGGGAGCACAAGGCCUUAAUGGACACUGACUUGUGAAAACUCAAACAUGAAUAUGGUUAGAGCCCUGGAUUAGGAGGGUGACAUGGGGAAGGCAGAGGCUGGCACCAUGGUGACUGCCACAUAAUAAAGUGGUGAUUUGGA